GCCAGCCCACAAGUGUCCAGUGACUCUGCAUCUGCGCUUUGACACAGAGUCUCUGAGACCCCAUUCUACCAUCCCGCAGACCCUGCGCUCCUUUAUGGGGAUCCUUAUCUCCAUCUUCAGGCGAGGCCAUCGGAAGGAGGCGGUGAUGGGUGCUCGCACCUCCACGACGUCCCGCAGCUCAGUGUCCGCAGUGGACACAGUCACUAUCAGUGUGGCGCGGGGUCAGCCAGAGCCGCCCACUACACCCAGCUGUGUCCCGAACUACGUCAUAGAGAAGACAGUGUGGGGGGCCCUGGGAGAGAGCGGGCAAGGGGUGGCCAAGCAGGAGGAAGUCCCCACAGUCACAGGGAGGAACAACGACCAGAGAAGCGGCCCCGAUGACACCGGGGGCACACGAUCUGCCUUUAGGCCCCUGGGGGGCUCUUUCUUCGUGCCCAGGCCUGGACCUCUGCAGAGAGACCUCCAUGCCAAGAGGGCGGAGGGCAGAUCCAACAUAAAACUCCAGACCUCUUGUAUGAGCUCCUGCCCCCAAAGAAACGCCAUCACGAGCUCAUAUAGCUCCACCCGAGGUUUCCCGCCAGUGAAGAGGAGGAGGGGUCCCGCCAUACCGCAAGGGCUGCCCCACAAGUCCUCAAACACAGCGAGUGAGGAGGGCCCUCCAUCGCCCUCUGCAGCCCCGGUGGUUUCCCAUAGGCAAAGCCAGCCUGACAAGGAUGCAGAGGCAACAAGAGAGCAGAAACGGCCUGGGAGGAACGGCUCCCGCACAUCUGGCAGUCCCAGGCCCCGAAAACGCAGGAUUCCUCUGCUGCCGCACAGGCGAGGGGAGCCUCUGAGGCUUCCGCCAGCCCCUGAGCUGGGUUUCCGGGUCACCGCCGAAGACCUAGACUCGGAGAAGGAAGCAGCGCUCCGCCGCAUCAACAGUGCGCUGCGCGGUGAGACCUACGCCAUCGGGGGCCUGGGCGCCACACAGCCUUCCUGUCCCUUCCCCCUGCCAGCUGUCCCUGCAGACCCCAGCAGGGAUCCACAGCUGGAGAGAUGCGGUAGGAAGCAGGACUCCCCAGCCCCAGUGGACAUCCGGGCUUCCGCUGGAGGGGCCUCCUCUGUGCAUCCUUUGUCUGGGAGGCCGCACAGCCCACCGGGCCGCCUCUUCUCCUCGCCCCAGGCCCGGCAGACGCCCCCCAGUGACAGCACAUCCUCAGUCACAGUCACCACCGGCCUGCCUGCAUUCAGGUUCUGCGCCCAAACUCUGAGAUGUCCUCUUCGGCCUGGAGCCACUACCCAACCCAUCUCUGGGGCCCCUGAUUGGCAGCAGCGAGGAACCACCGCCUGUGGCAGCUCUCCCCAGCAUAGGAAACGGACAGCUCCAGCCUUUGCCUCUGCUCCAGGCCCCCCAGCUUCGGGCGGUCCCGCACAAGCAUCUUCUGGGGGUUCAUCAUCCACAAAUUCCACCGUGGGCACCCACGCCAGCACACAGCUGGGUUUUGGGAGCAUAGUGACUGCCCUAGAUCUGAGCUGGAUCUUUGCAGCUCUCAGCAUUACAGCAGGAACGAGGGCGCCCCCGAGCACCACACACAGCAAUGGGGGAAGCGUGGGCCUGAACUCCUGGGGCCCUCUCCUCACCAGAGCCACCCCCAUGGUGACCACGGGACCCAGCACUGAGAAUAAGCCUGGGAGCCUCCAGGUGCUGGAGACCUUCCCUCCUGAGAUCCAGGUCUUCAUGAAGGACUCCAUCCGCCAGAGCAAGCCUUAUGCCAUUGACCCUGAUGACUCCAUCCACGCCUUGAAAGAGAAGAUUGAAGAGGCUGGAGGACCUUACAUGGAGAAUCAGAUACUCAGGUUCCGAGGCCAGAAACUGUGGAAUCAAUAG